UUGGGGAAUUUUGGCAUACCCCUGUGUUUCCUGCAGCUUGGCUGGGUGUGGUGAGAGACCUCUCUCUCGGUGGGGCUCCCUUGAGAAGAACCCCUGGGGGCUGUCUGCUGUGUCCCCCACCCCAUGAUAAGCACAGGCUCUGCGCCCUGCCCAAGGCGCUGCUAGCUGUGGCUCCUUGUGCCCGGGCCCAAGGGGACUCCUUCCCCACCCGCCUGCAGUGCCUGCAGCCCCUCGGUCCCCUCUCACUUCUGCCCCUACUUCUGCCCCCAGCUCCUGCUCCCGCUGCAGCACAGAUGGGGCUCCCCUGGGGCUGCGGCCACCCCAACCUCACCGGCCAUGCCAGGGGCCUCCUGAUUUCCCUCGUCACUCUGCUCCUCCUCCGGCUGGGCUCAGCCCAGCUCAGAGUGGUGGGACCAGGCCACCCUGUCACUGCCACCGUGGGGCAGGAUGUCGUGCUGCCCUGCCACUUGUCCCCUCAACGGGAUGCUCGCACCUUGGAUGUCAGGUGGAUCCGGGAUGAGUUCUCUGAGACAGUGCACCACUACCGCAAUGGAGAGGACCUGUACGGGGAGCAGAUGGGGGCAUAUGCUGGGAGGACAGAGUUGGCCAGAGAUGGUCUCUCUGCUGGAAGCCUGGACUUGCGAAUCACGGGGCUGAGACCCUCUGAUGAUGGCCAGUAUGUCUGCACUGUGAAAAAUGUUGAUGCUUAUGACGAAGCUAUUGUGGAGCUAGAGCUGUCAGCCACAGGCACUGACCCCCACCUCUCCCUGGGGGGCUACGAGGCCGGAGGCGUCCGGGUGCUGUGUCGAUCGGCCGGCUGGUACCCGCUGCCGCAGCUGCUGUGGAGGGAUGCUCGCGGGCAGCACCUGCCCUCGGUCUCCGAGACACAUUCCCAGGACCAGGAGGGGCUCUUUGAAAUUGAAGGUGCCGUCAUCGUGACCGGGAGCGUGGAGGGGCCCUUGUCCUGCGUUGUCAGGAGCAGCCGCCUCCAGCAGGAGAGGAAAUUUUCCCUGCACAUUGCAGCUCCCUUCUUCCACAACGCCCAACCCUGGAUGGUGGCUCUGGCUCUGGUCCUCGUGCUUUUGUCUGUGUCCAUUGGCCUCGGUGUUUAUCUCUUUCUAAAGAAAGCGGCACAGAGCCGAGAGCUGGCAGCGAAAAAGGAUGCAAAGCUGGUGGAACAAGCUGCAGAGAUAGAGGAAAAAGCUGUAAUACUGGAGAAACAUGCUGCAGAGCUGGCAUGGAGAAGGUGUCUUCUGCCUCAAAAUACAGUGAAGGUGACCCUGGAUCCGGACACAGCUCAUCGUGGGCUUGUCCUGUCAGAGGCCUUCAGCAGUGUGAGAUGGGAAAGUGAAUGGCAGCAGGUUCCUGACACACCGGAGAGAUUUGACUGUCGGUGCUGCGUGCUAGGCCAUGAGGAGUUCAGAGAGGGGAGGCACUGGUGGGAGGUGGAGGUGGAGGGGGAGGGGGUAGAGUAUUCUUGUUGGGCUGUGGGGGUGGCCAGGGCAUCUGUGAAGAGGAAGGGUUUGCUCAACAUGAGCCCUGAAGGAGGGAUCUGGGCUGUGCAGUAUGAUGAGGGGCAGCUCAUGUCUCUCACAUCUCCUCGCACCCCCUUGUCCCUGUCCCCUGUCCCCACGAGGAUCUGGGUCUGUCUGGACUGUACCCAGCAGCAGGUGUCUUUUAUCAACGCUGACAAUUGGGUCGAGAUCUUCACUUUCACAGCAGCCUCCUUCAAUGGGGAGAGCAUCCGUCCCUGGUUCCUGUUGUGGACACAGGGAAUUCAGCUGUGCCUGAGGGACAGCACCCCCCAGACUCUGUUCCUAGCCCUGGGGGGCUCCUGCUCUUCUCCAGCCACUCCUGCAUCACCUCUUCUUGGUCCUGCAGGAGCAGCACAGGAAUGAGGUUCCUUGGGCCAGGGGCUGCCCCGUGUUCCUCCCUGCAGCUGGAGGAGGGCUGGGAUGCUGCAAGCAGGGGCCAGGCCCCUUGCAGCCCCUGGGCUCUGCCCUGCACAGGGAUCCUGUGCUGGGGCACAAGCCCUGCUGGCACCCAUGGGCUUCAACCUGCCUCUGAGCCCCAGCAAGCAGCACAGGGGCUGCAGCAGCUCUCCACGCUCCUCUCCCCUCUGCUUGCAGACCCCCAGUGCAAGGGAUGUGGUCACCGUGUGCUGCUAGCCAUUGCAGGCCACCUUUGCCUCCUAGUUUGUGGCUGAUCUUUGCUCUGUGCCUGGUGCUGAGCAUGAGCAUCCUGACAGAGGGAGA